GCCGUCGGCCAUGGCUCCGUGGAGAACCCCGAGGGCUGUGGAUGGCUAUUACCCCAGCCCUCUGCCAAGCUACAGAGAAGAGGCGACGUCGUCACCUGCUCAUUCUGGGAAUGGGCAUCCGGAGUACAUCGCCUUUGCCCUCGUUCCGGUGUUCUUCAUCAUGGGCCUUCUGGGCGUCCUCAUCUGCCAUCUGCUCAAGAAGAGAGGGUAUCGCUGCACUACGGAGGCAGAACAAGACCCAGAGGAGGAAAAGGCAGAGAAAAUAGAACUGAACGACAGCAUCAAUGACAACAGUGACACCGUGGGGCAAAUCGUUAACUUCAUCAUGAGGAACGAAGCCAACGCAGAUAUACUGAAGGCCAUGGUGGCUGAUAAGAGUGUGUCUGAUCCUGAAAGCCCCUUGACUCCGACCACGCCAGGUAGCCCUCCCCUCAGCCCGGGGCCGCUGUCCCCGGGAGGGACCCCCGGGAAGCACGGCUGUGGCCACCACCUGCACACCGUCGGAGGAGCCGUGGAGCAGGACAUCUGCAGCCGCUGUCGGCACAAGAGGUGGCACUUCAUCCGGCCGGCCACCAGAGCCAAAGAAGGGAGGGGCCGACGGCAAGGAGAGGUCACAGUUCUCUCUGUGGGAAGGUUCCGAGUCACGAAGGUGGAACAUAAGGCUAAUGCCAAGGAGCGCAGGAGUUUGAUGUCCGUCAGCGGGGGAGAGAGCGUGAACGGCGAAGUCCCCGCCACCCCUGUGAAGAGGGAGAGAAGUGACACAGAGUAGCAGGAGGACUCCUUGUUUGGAGAAGUUGGAGAGACUGAAAACCGGGAGAUCGGCAAUCCUGCAGUGCAAAUAACUCUGGGAUAUUUUCAUACAUCUUGGAUACUCUUUUUAGGAGGGGAGUUUCUUCUGGAGAAAGGUCAAGGACGGAGUGUGUGUCUGAUGGUGGCAGGAUGGUUUGUGAGCCCUGAGGCUUUUCUGGACCAAUGCCCAGCGGUGGAAAGCUUCUCGUUUUUAGGAAAAACCAAGGUCAGGCACACUUGACCCAAUGUCAUCUCCAUCCUGGCGAAGGUACGCGAGUUACACAAUGGUGGCAAUAUACGCGAUGGAAAAAAAGUGCAGUUUCACCAUUUGCUUGUGUGUGUGUUUGUGUGAGUGAGUGUGUGUGUGUCGGUGGGUGGGUGGGUGUCCAUCUGCCUUGUCCACCCAUCCCUCUUGGCUGUCUUUGGUAAUGAUCCCCUACUUUCAAGCUAGUGUAGAAUGAUACCAUUCAGUGAUGUCAGCAGCUCCUUAGCCUAUUGUCUUAACCAUGUGGUUCGGUCAUAGAAGAUGGGGCGUUUCAUCCUGCCAGUGCCCAUUUUUCUCCUUGCAGACUUUCUCCUGUGGUCAGGAUUCAGGAUGUCACCUACCCUCAGCGUUGUCUAGAAAUUAGUCCCAGAGAGCAUUUGGGUGCCAGACCCCAACCACAGCAAGAAGUGUCCCCUGGGCUAGGUAGGGGGAAACUGGCAUCCCCUCCUGGCCUUUGGACUUGUGCAGUAUAGUCUUGGGCCCCGCAAGGUCUUAGCCCACAGUGGGCAUCUGCCCCAUAGGCGUGUGAGAGCCCUUAGGAAGAGACAGCCUUUCCGCUUCUGGAGAGCAUGGCCCAGAAUUUCUCCAUGUGACUACACGUGACCACAAAGACCUGCCCCAAGCUCCUGCCCCCUCUCCUGAGACCACCUGCUCUGAUGGGGCAGAGUUGGGCCAGUCACAUUACUUCCCUCCCAUCCUGCCAUCCAAGAAGCCUUGUCCUUCCCAGACAGGAUAGGCCCGGGAAGCAGCAUUGGGAAGGGGACUACGGGUGAUUUUUGUAGCCAUUCCCAAGGCAGCUACCUGAAGGAACCAAAAGUGGGGCAAGGGUGGUAAAAUUGGGACAUCCAAGAGUGUUUAGCCAGAACAAGGCUGGAAUGAAGGUUUCGCUCUCUAAGAUGGUCACCCCAGUGAACUGUGUCAGUUUUCAGCCACAUAGCAUGGAUGUGUUGGGAAGAGGACUCUAGGGGAGUGAGGGAAUUCCUUUUCGGUAGGCUGAUGCUUGGGAGAGGGGCAAGUCGCAUAGAGUUAACCAAGAACAGCCAACUCAACAGUUGGGGGAGGGUCGGCUCGGCCUGCUUGGCCUGUCUGGGGACUGAGACUGUGGAUGAUGUUGUAGCUGCUUUAGCUUUUUGGGCUCCUGGACUCAGCAACUCCCACGGCAGCGUUGUAUGUGACUCCUGCAGGGAUGACACCAUCCUUGUUUCUGAGAAAGAAAGAUCGCAAGCAAGGCCACCCCCAACCCAUCCAAGGGCUAUUCCACUUCGGGUGUCCUGCAGAUACGAUUAUUGUCCUCAAGACCCUGCAAAAUUGAGAUCUUUCUGCCCCUGGAAGCGGUGGGGCAGGGUUGGAAGACACAAUGUGGUCUCUUCUUAAAUUGUUCCUCAUAAGAAAUCCUACAGGGUGUGUGUGUGUGUGUGUGUGCGUGUAUGGGUGGGUGUGUACAUAUGUACCUGCCAAUGGGCAGGAAAUAAACUUCCCAGAAUUCCAGGGAUCUGGGAUUCAAGGAGUAUUUUUGUUUGCUCAUUGUAAAUAUCUUUUGGGGUUGGGGGGAGUCUUUGAUAGUUCCUUCAAAACAAGGCCUAGAUUGAAAAGUCUUUGUUUUGUUAAACCCACAAGCAGCAGGUGUUUUCUUAAUGCUUUUUAAAAUAUCACGCCCUUGGUUCCCAGAGGGGUAAGUAUAAGCUGUUCAACAUCUAACGACUUUAAUACCCAUAGUUUAUUCUGGAUGGAGUGCUUUUUUCGGUCCUAAGUGGGGCAGGAGGGUCUGAAAUAUUUUGAGGUUCAUUUAAAUAUUAAAGCCAUUUUUUACACUCAAUUUAAGAUCUGUAUUUACCCAGCCUGCCGCAUUUUAAAUAUGCCCGAAGGGAAGCACCUGUUCCUUUGGCAGGAGGAAUUUUAUUGGUCUGUAGCAUUGGGCCAGCAGACAUUUUUCACUGUGCUCAAAACUACAGUUUACAACAACUCAGGAGUUUCUGCCUGCCCGGAGGGAUUGGAAACCCUCAUAAAGCCUAUCAUGAAAUAACACUAUAAUCUGAUCGCUGGAUAGAAGUGAGUCAGAUCCCAUCAGGUGUCAAAUUGGUAAAGGUGAUUUUUCUUAUUUUGCUUGUCAGAUAUAUUUUUAACUUUGUGGUUUGUACUUGAAGACUUUUGUACUACCAAAGCAAAGCUAAAAUAGAUAAUUAAAUUCC